GGCAAUACAGUCUCAGUCUACUCGAAACCGCGACCGAACGCUGACGGCCUAACAGGCACCUGCUCCCCGCCCCACCAGCUUAGUUUGCGUACUGUGCGUGACCGCGCUUCUAAUCUCGGCGGGGUUAGUAGUCGCCCGACAACGUCUUGAACGCAACAGCGAACCGAACCAUCGAACGUCCGCAUGUGUGUUUGUGUGCAUUCCCACGUUGCUUGGAUGUGUGCGGAUGCGCCAGCAAGGAAUAGCGGGCAGCAGCAGCAGCAGAAGUAGUGUUGUGCCAGUGUGUAAACCCGACCGAGCCAACGGGGUGGCUUCGACAGGGGCCUUGGCUUUUGCGAGCAAUCGGGCAAAACAAACGGGCGUAUUCAAGCGUCCCUUUUCUGUGUCGCUCCCGUGUCGUGUUUAGUGUCGUUUGUUUGGGCGUGAUUUGUGAUUUGCACCGCACUACACCGCUAUAGUGAGUGGAAAACGCGAAGGAUAGCAGCAGCAGCAGCAGCAGCAGCGCUAACAGCUAGCACCGACAGCUAGCACUAGCCACCUUUCCGGAAGGGAGACCCACUUCUCCUUUUCCCAAUUUGUUUACACCCUCUCCUGCGCUGGUGUGUUUUGUUCACCAUCACUAGCAACGGCCAGCAACGGGCACCGGGUCAGAAAGGAACGCGCAAACAAGAUGCGAUAAUGCGGCCAUGGCACUGCGCGGCUGGCGACUGUUUGGGGUGGCCGGCACCAUACUGGUGUACGUCGGCGGCAUACUGUUCCUAUCGUUCGUUAGCCUGCAGGGACCGCAGCAGAAGCGUGGCGUCCAUGGUCCGCGCGGGUACGGCGAGUUCGAGACGAUUCGGAACCGCGAUCUUGGCCUGAUGGGCAAAAAGCCACCGCUGCAAUGGUGCACCGAGCUGCACUAUCUGGACGCGCCGAUCCGGACGCCCCGCAAGCCGCCCAAGCUGCUCCAAACCUUCCCGGGCCAUUUCGUGAAAAAGUUUAACGUUUACAACUACCGCGGAGGCGGCAACAAUGGCGGCAGUAGCAACAGCGGCAACAGUCACAACCAGAACCUACACUCAGCACCCGGUGCGGCAGUACAGCCGGGCGGACAGACGGUGGACGACGGUGACACACUUGCCGGUCCACCGGCCGUUGCUUCCUUUGCCGGAGGCAGUCCGGGCAGCCCCUCGCAUCCAGUUCGGCCUAACGGUGGUGACCCGUCUAGUGGUAAGCUAGUGGAUAGUGAUAGUGUAAGAAGCCGUGGCGCUGUUGGCCGACCGAAGGGACAACAGUCGAAACCGGAACUGGCGGCGCUCGUUUCAUUCCCGGGCAGUGGUAACACUUGGCUGCGAUAUCUACUCCAGCAAGCAACCGGCAUUCUAACAGGAAGUGUGUACAAAGACUACGGACUCCUUAAAAGUGGUUUCCCGGCGGAAAGCGUUGCUAAUUCGUCGGUGCUAGUAGUGAAGACGCACGAGUGGGGCCCGCACGCCUGGGCCCCUUACACCAAAGCGAUCCUGCUGAUACGGGAUCCGGAACGGGCCAUUCUGGCGGAGUUUAAUCGUCAAUCUGGUGGCCACGUAGGAUUUGCCUCGCCUGAUCGUUAUCGUAGGACCAAGGGUCGAUAUUGGACUCAAUUUGUAAAAAAUAAACUUUGGGCAUGGGAACAAACGAAUCUCUCGUGGGCGAAAAACUUCACUGGCGAAGUUAAGCUAGUCUUCUACGAUGACCUAGUCGAGAACGUAGAGGGUACAUUGCGCAGUAUUCUUAAAUUUCUCAACUACCAGACGGACGAGGAGCUGCUGGCGUGUGCCCUUAUGCGAAAGGAAGGCAUUUACCGGCGCAAGAAGCGCAUUCUGCAGUUCGAUCCGUACAGUCCGGCAAUGCACGCAGCAAUUGACGAAAAGCGAGCCGAAGUGUACGCAGCCCUCGGCCGCUACGACGCACACUAAGCAAAAUCAGUGGCUGUAAUUGUGAUGUAUGGUUUCGAUUGGUUUAGGCUAAUUGGUUUUGAACGAAUUAUUUCUUAACAAUAGAACCCAGUCGUACCACUACUACUCUUGUUACCGAGACGCCAGACAGAGGCAGCGCCUAUAUUUUUGCUCACAAAGUAUUUGUACAAAGCUUAAGUAGUGUUGUUAAAGAAAUGUUUUUCAUAAGUAUCGAACCACAAGGCAACCAGAAUCUCAAACACAGUUUCCCCCACAAAACGAAACAAACGAACGCGGGCCCGAUUUUAAAAGCUUCCAUUAUUUGUGUAACGGUUAGAGAUUCACCACGUUCAAUCGCGCCCAGUGCAAAAGACAUAGCGUGAGCAUGGUGCCCAGUUUUGUACAGCCAUUUCCUGUUUGUUACUGUAAUUAGCGAAACACAUUCUAGUCAGCAAGGGAAUCCCGAUUAUGUUGCCAUCCGAGCUGUCCCGCAAGUCGCGACGGAUCCGUAGCCAAGCGCCAAAACAUGUCUUAAACGUAAACCAAAGUAAUGUAGCACGAUUUACCAGGCUAAACUAUAUAGGAAGCUAAAGGGCACGGCAACACACCUCCCUAAAAAACCGUUCACGACGUAGAGAGCAACACACAUGUUGUAGAAGAAGCUAGAAGAAACUGGUAAGACUUUUAGGAGCAACCUAGGAACAAUAGCUACCACAUAAGCAUACGUACACGUAGGUAAGCGGGGGCAGUAUUCAUUUGUACUAUUAGAAAUGUAUGCGCGAUUUUACUACCAUUCAUGACAAGCGAGGACAGUGCAGGAAAGGGAAGCUAAAUGGUACAUAAAAAGUAAAAAUCACCAACGCAUAACGAUUAGUAAUCCUGUUCCAAUGGUUGGAGCAACCGAGAACUAACACAAUGUAUGAUAGCAUUGGGCUGGUGUAAACGGAUGUGCAUUAUGUGUAGACACCAGAAGCAGAACAAAAAAGGAAUAAACAAUAUUUAGAGGUGUUCA